CGCGAGCCCUAGGUCUUACGUUAGCUCAUCUAUCGACCAUGAUGCGCGAAACUAUCAUUUUCUCCAUCUCUCUUCUCUUCUUGCCGCCACCAUCCCAAUGUCAGUGACUGAGCUCAAAGCCGAGGGCAACGCGCUCUUCAACGCGAAAAACUUCGCCGCCGCGGAGGCCAAAUACGCAGCGGCGAUCCUCGCCUCCGAGCAGGACUCGGACGACAAGACGCGCGCCGUGCUGCACGCGAACCGCGCCGCGUGCCGGCUCUCGCUGAAGCGUCGUGCGUGGAGGUACAUGGACGCGGUGGACGACGCGACGCGCGCGACGCACCUCGAUCCGACGUACGCCAAGGCCUUCGGGCGGCUGGCCUCCGCGCAAGUCGUCAGUGCGGCACACCGCCCCUCUCUUCCGUCUCCCUCUGCAGCUGCUGAUUGUUCGUGGCUGCAGGCGAUGGGCGACCACACGGCGAGCCAGGCGAGCUGGCUCGGCGCCCUCGACGCGCUCCCGAAAUCAGGCCUCACGCCCUCGGAGACGACCCAGAAGCUGCAGUACGAGGCGGGGCUGAAGGCCGCCAUCAAAGCGGCUGCCUUAUCUCAGACGUACGAUACGCGAGCUCACCUCGUCGCGCAGAACGACGCAGGCAGCUUCCCGUGGACCGUCGCAAGCCAGAUGAUCCCCCGGCUCAGGGCGCAGGCGCGGAUGAACCCGGAUGUGCUGGCGAGCAGUGUGUGUCUGCUCCCUCCGCGCGCUGCGAUCUCACUAUUGACGAUUAUCUGGAGGCCUGGGUCAUCCACUACGCGUAUGAGGCGAGUGGGAUCAGCAGCAGCACGCUCCUUCGUCGGGCUGAUCUUUUCACAGGAGUUCGCGGAAGGUGUCGGCAAGAUGAACUUCAUGCGUCCCUACGAGGCAUCCGAUAACGCUGGAGUCGCAGGCAUGCUGGGUGCACUGGCAGCUAUGUCGAAUGGGAUCAUGCGCGACGAACGGGUGAUGCACAUCAGCGAUCCACAGUUCCUAGUCAAGUUCAACAAGCAAGUCAUCUUUGAGGCGAACGCGGUGAGAGCGUGGACGCACGAAGGCCCGGAACUCGUGAUACAGAAAGCCUUGGAGAGGCAGGAACGCGAUGGCUGGAGAUCCGUCCGGCAUGCCUUAGCGGUGACUGUCCGAGCAUGGAUGAUGCGUGCCUUCAUGGAGGGAGGCUUGCGCGCACAACACACUGUCUCCGUGGACUUCUACAAGAACUGCCUGCUCGUCAUCCGCACGCUGCGAGACAAGUGGUCGUCCAGCUCGAAGGACGACCGCGGCGUGAUCUUUGAGAAGACGUUCGAGUUUGGGAUCGCGAAGAUGUAUCUGGAGGCCAUCAUGCAGGCGUAUAAUCCGAACACGGCUCCUGAGAUGCUGGACUUGCUGCAGACUGAGGCCGAUCGUCUCAUUCGUGAGAUCGAAGAGUUCAUGGCCUUGCCGAAGCCACAGGAACCGCUGGACCCCGGUUUCAUGAGCUCCUUCUGCUUGUAUCCCAAGGGCCAGGCAUACUCCAUGCGCGGGUUCCUCCAGGUUCAGCUGAUCCGCCUCCACCCUGAAGAUGCGCAAGAAUACCGAGCCAAGGCGGCCCCUGAAUACCUCAAAGCCGCGGCGUGUUUCCCGCCAGACGACGAGAAACACACGUGGUUCCUCAAGGUGGCGCUGUCGAACCAGCAAUCCUCAGGCAAAUUCACCGUGCGGGAAAUUCUGGACACGAUGCAGAGGAUCGCCGAGAGCGCGCCGAAGGCGAAGGCUAUCUGGGAGCGCUCGGCGUUGGGGAUGAGGGGCGCCUGGGAGGAGCUUGCGGGUGUUGCCAAACAGGAAGCCCAUCUGCGCCAGCUGGUGGCUCAGGGCAAGUUUUCGAUGGACUCGUGCGUCAGCGUUGAGUGAUUCGGUGGUUCAUUUUGUUUUGUACAUAGAUUUGGAUGCUCUCUUGUCUUUUUAUCUUCAUAGAUGUUCUCAUUGCUGUUGGUUAUAGUUGCGCCAGUUUUGGAGCCUGUCACCUGCAUCAUUUAUUCUUGACUGGGCCGGUGCCAUCCAGCCGAUUACCAGAGCGGCUUGCUCCAGAACGUCUGUUUAGG